AUGGAGUUCUCUAAUAACGCAGGGAAUGGAGGUAACCCAGCGCAGGCUGAGCCGCAGACAAACUUGACGGUCUUAUGGCGGCAAAGAGAGCGCAGACAACUUCUAAGCUUCAUGUUGCGAUGUGCAGCACUUCUAUUUUCCUUCCUCUCCUUUGUAAUCAUGGCCUCUAAUAAUCAAGGCAAACCAGGCUUGAGAUUUAGUGAUUACGAAGAAUACAGAUAUAGCCUGGGCAUAUCUGUGAUAGCGUUCCUCUACUUGGCGGUCCAGGUCGGAAAAGGGAUCUAUGAUAUAUUUUUUGGAAACAAUUUAUUUUCCAAUAUCGUUUUCCUUUACAUCGAUUUCAUCGGCGAUCAGUUACUGGCGUAUUUGCUCAUGUCUUCUUCUUCCUCGGCGGCAUCGUUAACGAAUGGAUUGCGGGAUGGAGGAGACACGAGAUUCACGGAUAUGGCUGCCGCGUCUGUUAGCAUGAGUUUCUUCACCUUUGGAGUGCUGGCGGCUUCUGCUAUACUCUCGGGGAUUACUCUCUCUCAACAGAUUCGCUGGUCAUAA